GUACUGAAUCUUAAAACUCAACAAGAAUGGCUGCCGGCAAAAUGCUCAUUAUAUUCUUAGCCGCUCUCGCCAUAGUCGUCGUCAAAGGAGAUCUCCAGAAGCGCAACAUGGUCACUCACACAAUUUGCGACCCUAUGUACAAUAACCCAAGUAAAGUUCAAUGCUACUGCGUCAAGGAUAUUAGAGAUCCCACCACUAUUCGUUCAGCUGAAUGUUUCCUCUCAGUGGAAGACGUCAAACCUGUGGAUAACAGCUGGGAACUCUUCGAAACAUUGAAAAAUGUCCUACAAUUAACAUUCACCAACACAAGGGGUAUCCACCUACCGUACGUUCCAACCAAGGCGAUCACACACACAACAACCCUACUUAAACUUGAAAUCAAGUACGGAAACAUAGAAACGAUACCGAAAUACGUAUUCGCUAACUCAUCUACAAUACAGGAAUUGUAUCUAAGAAACAAUCAGAUUAAAAUGAUCGAACCAUAUUCUUUCUCUCAUAUGAAAGAAUUAACAGAGCUCAAUCUGGACCAGAACAGCGUUGAGGAGAUUAACAGAAACGUAUUCAUAGACUUACCUUCUUUGGAAAAGCUUUUUUUCACUAACAACAAGGUAACUACAAUACAUGACAGAGCAUUCAUUCAUCUGCACGAGUUAAGGGAAUUGGAAUUGAACAUGAAUAAAAUAUUCAGCUUAAACAACGAGGCAUUUUAUGGAUUAAGCAAGUUGCUAAAACUGGACCUUAGCAAUAAUCAGUUGCAAGUUAUUGGAGAUAACACCUUCUCGCCACUUAUAAGUUUGGAGUCAUUGAAUUUGGACAGCAAUAUGAUUCAAAUGAUAGAUGAUAAAGGAUUUAAUGGUUUAUCUAAAUUGAAAACUUUAUCUCUGGCUCAUAACAAGUUGACGAUCCUGGACAAUAUGAAUAUUUUCCAAGGUUUGCAUGCACUUCAGUCUUUGAGUUUCAAAGGUAAUGAACUGAUAGAAUUGAGGCCAGACGUCAUGUCUCCUGUACUCAAAAACUUUUACGGCGCCGACAGCAGUCUAGAUAUUGACGGCAACAACUUCCCUUGCGAUUGCCGUCUUGACUGGUUUAUGGCUCUCAUGAAUCAAACUAAAAGCAAGAACCUCAAAAUUUCGUUGGAAAAUCUCAAAUGCAACCCUGACUCUCGCUUAAGAGAAGCUUGGAACAACAUCGAAGAACAGGAGAAAGCCAACGGGCAAUCGUUUGAAGAAUCAAUGGAUUCUGAUAAGAAUGCAGACUAUGAAUAUUACGAUGAAACACAAUUGAACGGAAAGCUAUUCUACACUGACUUAAGAUUAAAUCUGAUUAACUGCUCAGGAACGCCUGAGCUCGAUAUUCCUGAAGAUAUAGUUAUUGAAACUGGCACGAAAGUUCCCAGGCCAAAGGUUGUUACUACGCCCAUGAAGAAGCUUACUACAACUUCUCCGAGACCUAUACAAACAAAUAAAAUGAUGUCUCAAGUUGGUAAUGGCGUUGUAGAUACCAAAGUAACUUUCCUUGGCCAUGGCUUACUAGACUUAGCUCAGUACGAAACAACGACAAAGGAUGAGGAAUAUGAAUUUGCCGACGACGAUAUGAAAAUGUCGAACGAAAACCAACUUGAAGGUGGCAAGGUGAAGAAACCAGAUGCAUAUACAACUAGCCGUUUAGCAACUGUUUCUGCUAAGCCUAUUGAUAAUGGUGAAACAGAUACACCUAAUAAUUCAAUAUAUGACGGAAUGGCCAAUGAUGAAGCGAAGCUGGAACUGAAGGCCCACAGAAGCGUUCACUUCAACGUCGACGCUACUAAGAGCAGCACCCGGAAUUUAGGCUGUGUAGCGCUGGUUGCAACAAUUUUAUUUGUAAGGGUAUUCCAUUAAUUUUCUACUAAUGGGUGUUAUAGCGUAAUCUUCUUAUGUAUAAGCUAUUCUCUCACAGUCAUUAAAAUAAAAAUAGUUUCU